AUGUCUGGACACAAACACCGAUACAAGAACACUGCUUUGGAUAGUGUUGAGCUACGCAGGCGACGAGAGGAAGAAGGUGUACAGUUGAGGAAAGCCAAGCGCGACCAACAGCUCAACAAAAGGAGAAAUGUCAAUGUUAGUCAGUUGCUACCAGAUGAUGAUCCAUUGCAGGUGGAAAGUGAUAUGUCAUCACCUGUAACUCCAGGUGUUACCCAGGAUAUGGUUCAGGACUUGUACAGCUCAGACCCAGAACUGCAGCUUGCUGCUACACAGAAAUUUAGAAAAUUACUCAGCAGAGAGCCAAAUCCACCUAUAGAUGAGGUCAUCCAGACAGGGAUAGUACCCAAAUUUGUAGAAUUCUUACAAAAUGUUGUUAACUGUACUCUACAGUUUGAGGCAGCAUGGGCUUUAACAAAUAUUGCAUCUGGUACUUCUCAACAGACCAGAAUGGUUAUUGAUGCUGGAGCUGUACCAAUAUUCAUUGCUCUAUUAGGAAGUUCCUAUGAUGAUGUCCAGGAACAAGCAGUUUGGGCUUUAGGAAAUAUAGCAGGAGACUCUCCUGAAUGCAGAGAUCAUGUUUUAGAUUCUGGUAUAUUAGUACCACUAUUGCAAUCAUUGAGUAAAUCUAAUCGUCUGACAAUGAUCAGGAAUGCUGUGUGGGCUUUGUCAAACUUGUGCAGAGGCAAGAAUCCCCCACCAGAUUUCUCUAAAGUAUCACCUUGUUUGCCGAUACUGUCUAGGCUCCUGUUCCACACUGAUCCAGAUGUCCUAGCAGACACUUGCUGGUCCCUGAGCUAUCUGUCAGAUGGGCCAAAUGAAAGAAUACAGGCGGUAGUGGACGCAGGCGUUUGCCGAAGAUUGGUCGAGCUGCUGAUGGCGCAGCAGCCCAACGUCGUCUCGGCAGCCCUUCGCGCCGUCGGCAACAUAGUGACCGGCGACGAUGUCCAGACGCAGGUGAUCCUCAACUGUUCAGCCCUGCCCUGCCUGCAGCACCUGCUGUCCUCGCCAAAGGAGGCUGUCAAGAAGGAGGCGUGCUGGACCAUCAGCAACAUCACGGCGGGCAAUCGGCAGCAGAUACAGGCUGUCAUAGAUGCCAACAUUUUCCCGGUUCUCAUCGAAAUUUUGGGCAAAGCGGAGUUCAAGACGCGCAAAGAGGCAGCCUGGGCCAUCACGAAUGCUACCAGCGGAGGCACCCCCGACCAAAUACGGUACCUCGUCAGUCAGAACUGCAUCGGACCUCUGUGCGAUCUUUUGACCGUCAUGGAUGCCAAAAUAGUACAGGUGGCGCUUAAUGGUUUAGAAAAUAUUCUCAGACUUGGUGAGCAAGAUGCAAAGUUGCAGAACGGCACUAAUCCGUAUGCUGUCCUCAUUGAAGAAUGUUAUGGCCUAGACAAAAUCGAAUUCCUGCAAUCGCACGAGAACAUGGACAUCUACCAGAAGGCGUUCGACAUCAUCGAGCACUUCUUCGGCACGGAAGAGGAGGACGCUAACGUGGCGCCCUCCAUCGAUCCCGACCACCAGCAGUACCAGUUCACGUCCGACCAAUCGGUGCCGAUGGGCGGAUUCCAGUUCUGAGCGCAGGCGCAUAAGGGCGCGACUCGGAUUAUCGGGCGCAGAGGAGAAACGACUGUCUUUGUACUCUAAAACGAUACAGGGUGAUGAAUAUUCAGGGAGAGGGGAGGUCGUCGUGCGCCCUUUGUUUCUCACGGUUCGGAAGGGUUUUUUGUGUCUGUUUGACGGAAAGGCGAGAGUUCCGAAAGUGCGAGAAACUACUGGCUAUUGCUGUUAUUUGUGAUAUAGGGUGUUUUUUUGAGGAAGGUGUGUAGGUUGACUUUAUGAAACAAUAAUUGCAAAUAACCAAUGCUUGAUUGGUCAUCUGUCCUGUAUACAUUGUGACCUGUUUGUUUUUUAUAUCACCUGUAAAAUGUCAAGGCCAAUCACGUGAAUUUUACUUCAGAAUCUCUCGAAAUGGAUCAGCACCUAAGCUCAUUGGAUUACUUUAGAGUAACAGCGAUGUGAAUGCACAAGAAUUAUCAUUUUCGUAGAUUUCAUUCACAUGCAUAUUUUUGACAAAACAAUUGAUAGAAACAUUGAACAAAUUGAAAAGACAUGCUCAGAAUAUUGAUGCCAAUAAAACUCUACAGGUAUGGUACCAGUAGCUUAUCAAAAUGUCUGAUCCUUUCCAAGUAGGCUUUGAAUUUUGUUGGAAUAUGGCGAUUUGCCCUAAGAUGUUACAAUUUUGGGUAUGAUUUACCUAGAUUUUAUGGUGGUAGGGUGACUCAUGGUUACACUGUAUACCGAGAUAUGGAUAUUUCUUUGUUGAUUCGUAAUUUUCUGACCACGAUAUACAGCGUGUCUCACUUUAAACGGCGCAUCCUCUAUAUCUCAGCUAUUAGUUAUUAUUAGUCAUGCGAUUCUUACCAAAUUUUGGCUAAUAUGAAUAACCAUCAAUAUGAUCAGUUUUUCAGUGAACUUCAUUAUCGACUGUGUCGUGUGUUUUCAUUGAAAUUAAAAGUCGAUUUUUCAUGAAAUUAUAUCAGGCAUUUGUUUUGCAGAAAAAUUGAUCCUCAUGCUUCCAAAUGUCCAUAUGCAAAAAUUAAACUCAUUCAAAAUUACCAGGAUCAAAAAAAGAAUUGAUUCAAAUUGAUUGAAAAUUUAAGAGCAUUCGAUAGCUCCACUUGAAAAAAAUAUACUGUUUUUCUAUGAACUCACCGACUCCGAGAAAAUAGUUAUGUGCCUGGUUUUUUCACACUCCAUAGAAAACAUGAAAAUUCACAUAUGGGGGUUCAGAAUUAUGAAAAAUAAUAUCAUGAGGUGUUUUCCCGUAAUAAAAUGCCUACUAUGAUUCCA